GGUUACCCAAUGCAGGAAGUAGGAAGUAGCCAAUGUACACACCUUUUCGUGUUUUUAAAAGCUCUCUAACUAGCAAUACUUUAUACGUGACUAGGGUUCUCACGUAUGUUUUCGAAAUGAUCAGUCGUCGUAUGGACUAAGAAAGCGCUCACCAUAUGGUCCGUGGAUAACGUAUGACAAGUUGUGCCACAGGUCCGUUGACAAGGUUCUCUCCAUGAGUCACAGUCGGAACCCCCCGCCCAGGGGACAGGGGGCAGCGCGAGCCAAACAGAUGGGGCUGCUCCUGGAUCUGUCUCCGGAUGGAGGGAUGGAUGGAGGAGGAAAUGAAAAAGAGCUGGAGGCGGAGCUACUGGCUCUGAUGGGCGGGGGCGGGUCCCAGGGGAAGAAAGGGACAGGAAAAGCUCCAGUUCCCAUGGCUGAUAUCGAGCGUAUGGCGGCUCUGUGUAUGAAGGACCUUGAUGAGGAUGAUGAUGAUGGGGAUGAUGAUCUGGAGGAUGAUGAUGAUCUCCUGGCUGAGCUGAAUGAGGUUUUGGAGGAUGAUGAUGAUGAAGAGGUUCAGAAACCUGCCACCACUCCAAGCUCUAACUCCACCCCCUGCUCCACCCCCAGCACUCCUAGUGGUGCAACCGGGCUGGAGGCCUGCCUGGCUGAACGCAUUAACAUGUACCAGACAGCCAUCUCCAAUGCUAAUGCAGAGGGGGAGACCAGCAAGGCUCGCAGAUACGACCGUGGAUUGAAGACGUUGCAGUCCAUGAUGACAUCAGCCAAGAAAGGAAAACCGAUCAGCGAAGAGGAAAUCCCGCCUCCUGUCUCCACAGGUGGAAAGCCUGCCCCAGCCCCCGUGCAGCAGCCUAAACCAAUCAAAGAGCAGGGGCUGCCAACCCCAGUGCUGACGCCCUCCCCGUUCACCAAUCAGAAGCCACUGAGGGAGGCUCCGCCUGUUGCCCUCCCUCCUAAGCCCCGCCUCCUGGUCCCCCCUCAGAAACACACUGCCGUUACCCCGGAUACACCUGCUAUCUCCCCCCUCACCCCUAUUCAACCAGACGCACGGCACUCAGAGUUGAAGCAGUGUGUUCUAAACAGACAGAGGGAGUAUAAGCUGGCAGCCCUCCACGCCAAGCAGGGAGGAGAGUCAGAGCUGGCCAGACAACACUACCACAUCGCCAAGAAACUAGACCCAGUAGUAGAGGCGUUGGACAGAGGGGAACCAGUGGACCUCAGCUCUCUACCUCCCCCUCCAGGAGAUGCAGUGGUAGAGCGUUCAGCUCCUCCCCAGUCUUCCUCCAGGCCCUCCCCUGCAGCUCCCCCUGCAGCUCCCCCGGCGGCCGACUCCGCCCUCCCAGCCCCAGGCAAUGUAGGGGAAGCGUUACAACAGAGGAUGGACAGAUACAAAGCUGCAGCAGAGGGGGCCAAGAGCAAAGGAGACGACCGCAAGGCACGCAUGCACCAGCGCAUCGUCAAGCAAUACCAGGAUGCCAUCAGGUCUCAUAAGGCUGGACGCCCAGUCAACCUGGCUGAUCUUCCUGUACCACCAGGCUGUCCUCCGCUGCAGGGCUCAGAGAGCAGCCAGCAGAACUUCAUGGGCGUCCUGGAGACGGCCAUGAAACUAGCCAAUCAGGACGCAGACGCAGAGGAUGAGGACGGAACAGGGGAAUUGGCCAAGCCUGCAGUGGGAGCUCCAGUCCAGAAAGGCAAAGCCCCGACCCCUCUCACACCAGGUUCUGGAGGCAACACAACACAAGGCUCUAGACUGGGGCUUAAAGCCCAGCAGCAGUUGGACUUCCUGUUGCUGCGGCGACAGGCGUUCAUCCGCGCGGCGCUGCGUUCUAAACAGAUGAAGGACAUGCAGGGAGCGGCGGUCCAUCUCCGACACGCUAAAGGACUGGACCAGAUGAUCAGCGCCACCAAGGGAGGCCUGCCUGUAGACAUCACCAAGGUCCCCAGUGCUCCAGUCAGUGAGGAGGACUACUCUCUGGCUCGGUCUCGUUCCUCUCCUCGCUCCUCAGAGCAAUACAACAGCCUCAUGGAGCUCCUCCGACAGCAGCACCAGAAAUGUCUGGGCUACUCCCAGCAGUUCACUCACAUGGGAAGUGUGGCCGAGACCUCCAGGUUUGAGAAGCUGGCAGAGGAGUGUAUGCAGAACAUUGAGGUGCUGAAGAUGGCCCACGCCAAGGGCCAACCUGUCCCCAAAUACCACACUGAGGAGAGGACCUUCAACACUGUCAAAAUGUAUCCUGACCUGACAGCCAAUGAGAUGACGCUGUACAUCGUGAAGGGCAUCAAUCUACCUGCUCCAUCAGGAGUCUCUGCCAGUGAUCUGGACACCAGUGUGCGCUUUGAGUUUCCUUUUCCUAGUAUGGAGGAGGCCCAGAGGGAUAAGACCAGUACAGUGAAGAACAGCAACAGUCCAGAGUUUAAAGAGAAGUUUAACCUGAACAUCAACCGUCAACACAGAGGCUUCAAGAGGGUCGUCCAGGCCAAAGGCAUCAAGUUUGACAUCAUCCACAAGGGGGGUCUGUUCAAGGGGGACAAAGUGUUGGGGAACGCUCAGCUGAAGCUGGACUCACUGGAGAACCAAUGUGACAUCAGACAGAUUAUAGAGGUGUUGGAUGGUCGUAAGGCUACGGGGGGUAAGCUGGAGGUGAGGGUGAAGAUUCGGGAGCCGCUGGGAGGAGCACAGCUUCAGAUCACCACAGAGAAAUGGCUGGUCCUUGACCCUGUACCAAUCACCACCCCCGACAGAGAGAGAGAACAACAGGGCCCCUCUCCUCGCUCCAAACCAAAGAGUGACAAUGGGAGGAACAAGCAGUCUAACCAGUCCAGCCACUCCCCUCCCCAGUAUAAACUCCACAGUUUCAGUCUACUGCACUACGAUAAGGAGAGACUGGAGAGACAGAUUGGUGAUUACAGGAAGAGUAGGCGGGAUCCUCCGUCUGACCUGGUACAGCAACACAAGGAGGUCACACACAGGCUGCAGUGGCAGAAAGCCCAGCUAGAGAGAGGCUCCCCUACUCUACUGUCAGAGUAUGAGAAUAUUUUGCAGCGUUUUGCCCAGGGCCUUGCUGAGUCAGUGAAGAGGUUUUCCAGCCAAGGCAACAGGGAUGCUGCUAAGGACGCUCUGGGACGGCUGAAGAUGGUGGAGACUGAGUUGGAAUCUCUCAAGAGGAAACGCCUGGUCUGAGAAGAGGAGGACAGAGGGACUGGAGAGUUGUCUGGAGUACUGUUAUGUUCCUCACACAGACACACAGCCAAUCACCUUCAACAUCUUCCUGCCACUCCUCUGCUCCUCUCUGCUCCUCUCUGCUCCUCUCGGCUCCUCUCUGCUCCUCUCUGCUCCUCUCUGCUCCUCUCUGCCUCCUCUCUGCCUCCUCUCUGCUCCUCUCUGCUCCUCUCUGCUCCUCUCUGCCUCCUCUCUGCUCCUCUCGGCUCCUCUCUGCCUCCUCUCUGCUCCUCUCUGCUCCUCUCUGCUCCUCUCUGCCUCCUCUCGGCUCCUCUCUGCUCCUCUCUGCCUCCUCUCGGCUCCUCUCUGCUCCUCUCUGCUCCUCUCUGCUCCUCUCUGCUCCUCCACUAAUGCUGUUCCUUUUACUCUGCUCUUUACUUUGUAUUGUCAUUCAUUCAAUCAGUUAGGAAGAAGAACCCAUUUGAAUUAAAUAGACCUGCCUCCCAAAUGGCACCCUGUUCCCUAUAUAGUGCACUACUUUAGACCAGGGCCCAUAGGGACAAAUAUAGGGAAUAGGGCACCAUUGAGGAACACUGGCAGAAUGGGAUCCUGUGAGAUUGAUAGUGACAUGAAGACAGAAUGCAGGGCAGGACAGAGAAAGGCUUAUUUGCACUUGAAAACAAAAACACUACCGAUUAUUACCAAAACCCUGCCGCCUUCACUAUAGUCUUUAAAGUCCUUCAAUGGCUUUCUCUCUCUCUCUCUCUCUCUCUCUCUCUCUGUUUCAGAGUGGUGUGUGUAACUCCUGGUCUCCACAUUGUGUGUGUGUGUGUGCGCGCGUGCGAUGUUAAUGAGCUUAAUCUAAUCUGUCUGCUCCACUAUUCCCAGAUUACUGUAAUAUGACCCGUUUGGUGCCGUGUGAUAUGGGAACUACACGGAAACGGGAACUAUAUCCCAUAAGGAGGGAUUAGCGAACACUGGUGUCGCCAUGGAGACAUCUCAUUCAGGGAAGUGAGGAGAGGAGGUACCCCAGGGGUUAAAUUGAAGAGGACAGGAUUAGAAUUCGUGUAGAACAGACCAGUAGCUGUAAAACCCACAGGAUUGUCUUUGAAUUGGGAUAGAGGUUCUCUAUUCAUUGUAAUGCUAUGGUACGGAGUCUGGGAGCCCCUUUAAAAGGACCCUUCUUAUAGGACCAUAUUUAGCCUAUUGUGAUGUCAUCAAUUUGGCUUGCGUCAAGUUGCUAUGACGUCAUCAGUUAGAAUGUUCAAAGGACUGCGUCAUCACCACAUUGUGAUGUCAUCAGUUAGAGGGUGUGUUCCUCUGUUCAGAUGUUGCUGACGCCAGAUCUUACAUCGCCUGGAUAGGUAUUUUACAUUUUGCAGAGAGGGACAGAUGGGCAGAGAGAAGGGCAGACAGACAGGCAGAGCUUGUCAGAGGGGACACUGUUUAGUCAGUGUGGUUUGGUCGUGGUGGGCCGGCGACCACAGCUGCCUAUAGUGUUGAGGUCAGCCCCUUUUCUCAGAUUUUGGAUAGAGAAAGGAGGUCUCCUCCUCUACCCCUCUAUAGACCCAGACACCCUGAGGUCUCCUCCUGUACCCCUCUAUAGACCCAGACACCCUGAGGUCUCCUCCUCUACCCCUCUAUAUAUCCAGACACCCUGAGGUCUCCUCCUGUACCCCUCUAUUGACCCAGACACCCUGAGGUCUCCUCCUGUACCCCUCUAUAGACCCAGACACCCUGAGGUCUCCUCCUGUACCCCUCUAUAGACCCAGACACCCUGAGGUCUCCUCCUCUACCCCUCUAUAGACCCAGACACCCUGAGGUCUCCUCCUGUACCCCUCUAUAGACCCAGACACCCUGAGGUCUCCUCCUGUACCCCUCUAUAGACCCAGACACCCUGAGGUCUCCUCCUGUACCCCUCUAUAGACCCAGACACCCUGAGGUCUCCUCUUCUACCCCUCUAUAGACCCAGACACCCUGAGGUCUCCUCCUCUACCCCUCUAUAGACCCAGACACCCUGAGGUCUCCUCCUCUACCCCUCUAUAGACCCAGACACCCUGAGGUCUCUCUCCUCUCUCUCUCUCUACACUACAACAGUAAUUUAGUAGCCUACUGUAGUGGGAUCUGUCUCUGUAUCCACAGCAUCUGAGUUGGAGUGCUGAUCCAGGAUCAGGUUCCAACCUGUCCAUAUAAUUUGAUUCAUUAUGAGCUAAAAGGCAAAACUGAUCCUACAUUAUGACAUCACUCCAUACUAGAUCUACUCUGAGAAGCUUUGAGGAUACAGGCCGAGUCCCCCAGUCCUGGUGGCUAAACUGAUCCCAGAUCAGCACAGCUGCUCUGAGAAGCUUUGUGGAAACAGGCCCAGUCCCCCAGUCCUGGUGGCUAAACUGAUCCUAGAUCAGCACUGCUGCUCUGAGAAGCUUUGUGGAAACAGGCCCAGUCCCCCAGUCCUGGUGGCUAAACUGAUCCCAGAUCAGCACCGUUUUUUGUUUGGUUUGUUUUUUAUGUUUAAAACAUGUAUCCAUUGUUGGCAAUCAGUCAGUAUAGACCUGUUAAUAUAUUAUAUAUACAGCAUUGACUAUGGCUCUAUUUUUAAAUGAAGAACAUGUGUGUGUCCAAAGGUGAUGGAGAAUGAACUAUUAACUGGUAUUAUAAUGAUGUGGUCAAAUGUCUUGGGAUGGGAAUCAUGGUUGGAUUAAAAUACCAGAAUG